AUGCACGCGGUGCGGGUUGGGUACAACCCGCAGGGUCAGAAUUCAACCCGCGCGGUUGCACACGGUUCCUUACUUGCCGCGAUAGAUUCGACUUCCGACUGGAUUCUGAGAUGGUGCCAGAAAAUCGUGUCGGAGGGCAUCAAGUGCAUCUGUGUCAAACCGGAUGCUCUAGAUGAUUACAAUGUGUAUACACAGGAGAUCCUGAAGCGCACGGUUUGGACUGGAGGCUGCCGGAGCUGGUUCAAAGGCGGGAAAAGGGAUGGUGCGGUUACCGCCAUGUAUGGGGGUAGCAUCAUCCACUAUAAAGCAGAGAUCCUUGAGGGUUUCCGCGUGGAGGAUUUUGAUAUAGAAUAUGAUUCCACUAACCGCUUUAGAUUUAUGGGGAAUGGGACGACACAGCGUGAGGUACUGCUGGAAGACUUGGCGUAUUAUGUGAAAUAG